AACUUCUCUAAAAACUUUCAGACUCAAUUGUAUCCCAUUCAUCUACCAAUCCAUUCAUCCACCCCGUUCAUCAUCCAAUCUCUCACCCAAGAUGUCUAUCCCAGCUUUCAGUGAUGUGGCCAAGGCCUCCAACGACCUUCUGUCGAAGGACUUCUACCACACCUCCUCCGCCGCCUUCGAGGUCAAGAACACCACCCCAAACAACGUCGCCUUCAAGGUCACCGGAAAGUCCACCCACGAGGGAGCUACAAGCGGUCUGGUUGAGGCCAAGUACUCAGACAAGCCAUCUGGUAAAUAUUUCCGACAGUUUAACAAAUUGUGUUUUUGCGUCCAUUCGAAACUUCUUCGGGCCAACGUUCACGAUUUUAUGAUCCAUAUUCUCCAAGAUCGUGCACAGCUAACCUUGUUCUAUCGCCGCGCAGGUGUGACCGUCACACAGAGCUGGAACACACUGAACGCUCUUGACACCAAGAUCGAGAUCAAUGACACCAUUGCCAAGGGCCUGAAGGCCGAGCUCUUGGGAUCCUUCCUUCCUGCCACCCAAGCCAAGGGCGCCAAGCUCAACUUGCACUUCAAGCAACCCAACUUCCACGGCCGUGCCUUCUUCGACCUCCUCAAGGGCCCCACCGCUAACGUCGAUGCUGUUAUUGGACAAGAUGGCUUCUUGGCCGGUGCUUCCGCUGGUUACGAUGUCCAGAAGGCGGCCAUCACCAACUACUCCGCCGCUAUUGGAUACGCCGCUCCAGUGUACACUGCUUCCAUCACGGCAACCAACAACAUGAGCGUUUUCUCCGCUGCCUACUACCACAAGGUCAACUCCCAAGUUGAGGCUGGUGCUAAGGCUACCUGGGACUCCAAGAGCAGCAACCAAGUCGGUCUCGAGGUUGCCAGCAAGUACAGAUUGGACCCUGUCUCAUUCGCCAAGGUCAAGAUCAACGACCGUGGUAUCGCUUCCGUUGCCUACAACGUCCUCCUCCGCCCCGGUGUCACCCUUGGUCUCGGUGCCUCAUUCGACACCCAAAAGCUCGACCAAGCCACCCACAAGAUCGGCACCAGCUUCGUCUUCGACGCAUAGAGGAUCAAACCUCUAUUCAUGUGGGGGGAGUAUGAUAGAGAUGACGUCUUUCACAGCGGAUAUUU